AUGGGACUAGAACAAGCUAUUGCAGAUGUGCCACACGAUGAGCGUGUGGCGGAACUUUUCACACCAUACCUCGGCGUCCGGUUUGUAAAGGAUGACAAUAAUUAUUUCUGGGCGCCUGAUACUGAAAGCGAACUCCUUUGGUUUGGAGUUCGAGUACUCCUCUGUGAUACAAAUGUCGACUGGUUUGAAUGGGAAGAUGAGGCCUUUGAUGAUAAGGAAGAGGGAAUCCCUCAGCUUGACAGUAAUGGACAACCGACGGGAAAUAUGCUCACCAUUGAGGAAGUCUAUGAGGACUUCUUCGGAGAUGAUAGUCGUCCAUUCUGGGUGAGAUUCCAUAAGCGAUAUGUCUUCAUGGUGAAAUAUAGCGAUAAUAACAGCAGAACCUCCCCUGAUGAGAAGAGCAUGGCCGGCAGCACGUCCUAUAGACACGAUGAAAGUUGA